GCAAAGACAAGUAGCGUCACAUCUCUGACUCAGCUGACCGAAUGAUGGUAACGAUUUUUGAAUGUGCCGGCGCUAUGCACGCUUCCCCCGGGCCGGUACGCUACUACAGCAGCCUCCGGUGACGUCACCGCGCUGGCCGCUCUCUCGCCGCAAGGAAAACAAUCCGUGGCCAUUUUGGUGCGGCAUCAGGCAGGCUGUAGCUGCUGCAGAAGUUCUGCCCUGUGCUGCCCUUGCAGCGUGUGGUGACCGACGCCUGGGGCGGGGGAGAAGGGACUAUGAUGAUGAGCUCGGAAUACAUUAUCACUAGGAUUAACAUACACCCUCUGAUGUAAGAAACGGAAACUUAUUCCAAUAUGCCUACAGCAUCUGCAUUACCCAAAGAGUUGUAUCUUUCCACUUCCCUGUUGGAGCUUAAUAAGAAAGCUGAAGUUAAAGCAGAUGCAACUAGUACAAAGAGCUAUGUUAUCAGUGCUUCCAAGAUCUUUAAGAAAGCAGAAGAGUGCAGACUCGAUGGCGAUGAGGAAAAAGCUUAUGUCUUGUACAUGAAAUUUUUAUCAGUUUUUGAACUUGUUAAAAAAAGACCAGACUACAAGCAAAACCAGGAUUACUUCAAGUCUUUACUUGGGCCAAGUACAAUAUUAAAAUCAAUUGAAGAAGCUGAAAAACUUUCAAAUAGCCUGAAAAACCGAUAUGAGGAAGCUGAAGUCAGAAAGAGACUCGAAGAAAGAGACAAGGAAGAAGAACAGAAGAAAAGGGAAGAAAAAGCUAUCCCAAAAGAAAUACCUGAAGAUAUUUCUGCACAAAGUGAUAACUUAACGGUAAAUGGUGAGAAAAGGCAAUCCUUGCCUAAGAAAGAAGUCUCUUCAAAUGUUCUUCAUGGAUCAAUUAACCCAGUAAGAUUGUUUGCAAUGAUGAAUAAUCCUGAUAUCAAUGUUAUAAUAAUGGAUGCUCGCAAAACAAACGAUUUUGAGGAGUCUCAUAUUGAAUCUUCCAUAAACGUGGCUGAAGAGGCUAUAUCACCAGGAUGUACUGCAACCAAGAUUGAGAACACUUUACCAGAGGCAUCAAAAAGUGUGUGGGAUAGACGAGGUCAUGCUGAUUAUAUUGUAUUGCUUGACUGGUUCAGUUCUGUAAAUGACUUGAAGCUUGGAACAACGCUUCAGAGUUUAAAAGAUGCGCUCUUUAAGUGGGAAACUAAGACCAUUCUGAAAAGUGAACCUUUUGUAUUGGAUGGUGGUUAUGAAAAUUGGCUUCUUUGUUAUCCAAUGUACACCACAAAUGGGAAAGUAGCUGUGCCUAGGAGAAAGACAGCUGAAAACAUGUUAAUGUCAUUGAAUUUCAGCUACCCAUCUCUGGAAGAGCCAUCCGCUCCUUCAUCCUCCAUUCAAGUUGAACCACCUCCUGCUCAAAAAACAGAUCUUAAUAAUGGUGAAACAUUAAAAGUAAUUCAAGUAGAGAAUAUUGUGGAACCUGUGAAUAUAAUACAGAAGCCAGAGCCUGCACCACAAGUACAGCCAUCAGAAUCGGCAAAGUCUAUUCCACAAAUCGACCGCUCAAAGAAGCCCACAGUAGUUAUAAAUGAUGGCCCAAAGAAGUUUAAGAAUGAAGUGAAAGAAAACAAACCAGUGCAGAAUGGUAAGAUUAUUCCAGACCGGUCCACAAAGCCAUUAUUACACUCCAAAGGAGACAACCUUUCCUCGCUAGAUAAAAAGAAUCCAGAAAAGAAAGACAACUCAGACAGUAGUGUGGAAGAAUUCCGAGAUGUCUGUACACAAGAAGAAAAAGAAGUGACUAAGAACAAUGUGAGAGAAACUGUACAGGAGGACCCUCCUAAAAUUAAAGAACUGGAAAAAACAACGCAAAUUGUGAUUGAUAAAGAAACAAAGGAAAUUAAAAAACCAAGUGCUGAACAAACUUUGAAUGAUGAACGAAAGAAAGAUGUAACCAUAUCAAGCAAUCCAAAGAAGCCUGAAACAAGUAAAGAUCUUCAAGAGGCUAAAGCUGAGGUGGUUUCUAAAGAUGUUGCUGAAGAUGAUCGUCCCAGAAGGGAGCCAUUGAUGCGAGCUCGAAGUGAGGAAAUGGGUAUAACUGUUCCAGGACUGCCUGCUGGUUGGGUCAAGUUCCUUGAACCCAUAACCGGUACCUAUCGCUAUUAUCAUUCACCAACUCAUACAGUUCAUAUGUAUCCACCUGAAGUGGCUCCAUCUGCUCCUUCCUCCACUCCAGUUCAGAAAGUGAAGCCUCAGUCGCAUACAGAUAUUGACAAGGAGCAAACAAAGUUGAAGCGAUCAUACUCUUCUCCCGAUUUAACUCAAGCUAUUAAGGAAGAAGAAAAGAAGAAGCCAACACCUAUAAUUAACCGUGAAAAUAAACCAACAACUCAUACUAAAACUGAAAUUACAAAGUUAUCAGCAUCUAAGAUACGCAGCCUGAAUCCUGUAUUUGGAGGGGUAGGUCCAGCUCUCACUGGCCUGCGGAAUCUUGGCAAUACUUGUUACAUGAAUUCUAUCUUACAGUGUCUUUGCAAUACUCCACGCUUGGCUGAGUACUUCCACAAGAACUGUUACCAAACCGAUAUUAACAGAUUCAAUAUUCUUGGUCAUAAAGGAGAAGUAGCUGAGGAAUUUGGUAUUAUAAUGAAGGCUCUAUGGACUGGUCAGUACAAAUACAUAAGCCCUAAAGACUUUAAGGUAACAAUCGGGAAAAUCAAUGAUCAGUUUGCUGGAUACAGCCAGCAAGACUCCCAGGAGCUGCUGCUAUUCUUAAUGGAUGGACUCCAUGAGGAUCUCAAUAAGGCUGACAACAGGAAGAGACAUAAGGAGGAAAAUAAUGACCAUUUAAAUGAUUCUCAGGCUGCUGAUGUAGCUUGGAUGAAACACAAGCAACUCAAUGAAUCAAUCAUAGUGGCACUAUUCCAAGGACAGUUCAAAUCAACUGUGCAGUGUCUAACAUGCCACAAAAAAUCCAGAACGUUUGAAGCUUUCAUGUACUUGUCUCUGCCUCUUCCAUCCUCAAGCAAAUGUUCUCUUCAGGAUUGCCUUAAAUCGUUUUCCAAGGAGGAGAAACUCACAGAUAAUAAUAGGUUUUAUUGUAGUAAUUGUAAAAGUCGAAGAGAUUCCAUGAAGAAAAUAGAAAUUUGGAAACUCCCACCUGUCCUUCUGGUGCACUUAAAACGAUUUUCAUAUGAAGGACGUUGGAAACAAAAGCUUCAAACAUGUGUUGAUUUUCCCUUGGAAUUCCUUGACCUAUCGCAAUAUGUCAUAGGUCCCAAGACAUUUAAGAGAUACAACUUAUUUGGAGUAUCUAAUCACUAUGGAGGAUUGGAUGGAGGACACUACACAGCAUAUUGUAAGAACGCAAUGAGACAGAGAUGGUUUAAGUUUGAUGACCAGGAAGUAUCGGAGAUCUCUGUAUCCUCUGUGAAGAGCUCGGCUGCAUACAUCCUCUUCUACACCUCCCUGGAUCUCCGAGCAACUGAGCUUUUAACAUGAAAACACAGUUUUGCUCAGAAAUUCUGUAUAUCUGGCGAGACCAAUCCUUGCCACAGAGAAGAAAUUGACUGUUUGCAUAUUCUUAUUUUUCUCAACUCAUAGGUGACCGUUCCAGUGCAGAAAUAUUAACUGGAAAUGGAAAAAGAUUUAACCUUAUAUUCUAAUCUAUAGCCUCUUUAGCAGAUCAUAAAAUAGAUAUAUUUGCCUUGGAAAUGUCCUUAUUAAGACCUCAAUAUGUAAUUACUCUUGUCUGCUGUGGCCAUUUGUUCCCUUUUUCCAUAUGCUAUUUUACUGUGACAGAAACGGUCUAAGCAGAAUGGGAAUGUAUUUGAAUUAAGGACUGCAUACUUGCACAUUAUUGCUAUGUAUAUAACUAUGGAAAUCGUUGUUAGAUAUUCUAUUUAUAUUAGAACUGUUAAUCUUCAGCUCUCUGCCAUCAAACAUGGCUGGCUGUUAUCCCAUUAUGUUCAUAUGAUAUAUAAAGUUACUAUGAUAAAAUCACAAUAUAUAUUUUAAUUAGCAGGCCAAUUUAGACCCCUCUGCACUUCUUGAGGACUUAAGUUCACUAUACUUACACAUCAUCUGUGACUAUAGUAACUUAAGUGGAGGCACCCAUUUUGUGGCCUGCAUUAUCUGUGUGUAUAGUUCCAAGUGACUUUGAGAAUACACGGUGCAGUAUCGAUGGUGUUAUUGGGCUUGUAGCCUGCAUAUUGCAGCAUGUGUGGCCAGUAAUAAUAAUAAUAUGGAUCAGAUCAUGGUCAGACAUGUAGCUAAAUAUGGGCAGAUGAUGACCAAUAUUGGCCUUUGUGUGGUCAUCAGGUAGGAAGCUCCUGUGUCACUAGACGUUAUCAGAAUGUGAGUUUCUCAUCCAGUGUGACCAGCUGUGUGUGCAUUGGGGAGUUGAGCUGACCAGAAGGACUGAUCCUGUGUUACUAUUGGUUCAGUCCACAAAGUGCUGUCCUCCAUUGUAUAUAGGUGACAGAUACAAUCUUACCCUCGGUAACUGCAGGUAACAUCCACUGCAGAACAUUCCCUCACAAUUUAGGGUUCUUUUACACCAAUGUGCUUUUCACCUUGAUAAUUUGUAGUUAGCACUCGCAACAAAAUAAAUUGAUUUCUACAGCUUCAUUCACA